UGUAGCAAUAUUUUUGUAUUUAACUAUAAUUUAGCUUUAGAAAUGAUAAUAGUCAGUUAUAAAUGUGAACAUAUCUACUAAACAAUUGUAUAAAAUGAACAAAGUGCAAAAAAACUGCAAGGUUGUAACUUAUGUGGUCGAAGUGACAAUAGAUGAAUCUAAUAUUUAUUCACAACACAGCAUUGAAUGUGAAUGAAAAGGAUAAUUUAAUUAUCCCACCGCAAGGCUAUUCUCAGAUUGCAGUACAAUGGCAACAGUAGAAAACGUAGAUUCCAAACAUACAGUCAAGUUGCAGGCAAACAGAAGAGAAAGAGAUGCCAUGAACAACGAAGUGUCGUCUUCGAGCGACGAUUCAAACGGAAUAAACGAGACUUUGUCCAAAUUCAACAAAUACUACAAGGCCAGAUACACGGCCAACUUGUCGGACAAUGAAACCGAAAUAUCGAGGAGACCGCUCCAGUCGAGAGGGCACCAUAAGUCAAUGGGAAAUCUCAACGAGAAUUACAGAGAGAUCACAUCACACAACAGCAUCAGCAAUAUAGACAUAAAUUUACAUGCCACGGAUAUAAAAAAGUUUGAGUCAUUACAAAUUCCUAUCGUAGGGUACGAAGUUAUGGAGGAGAGAGCCAGAUUUACAAUUUAUAAGCUCAAAGUCGAAGACGAUAAGAGGGACCAGUCGUGGCUAGUUUUUAGACGAUACACAGACUUUGUCAGGUUGUACAACCGGAUUAAACACGAGCUCCCGAACAUGAUGCUCCCGCUGCCAGGUAAGAGGUGGUUCAGGGAUAAUUUUGAGCCGGCGUUCCUAGAGGAGAGAGUGAGAGGUCUACAGAUUUUUAUUAAUGCCGUAUUAAAUAAGUUACCAAAUCACCCAGUCGUCCGGGAUUUCUUUUGUUUGGACGAGCCCCCACAGGUGUUUAGCUACCAGCCUGAGGUGCAGGCGGUAUAUGGAGCCCUAGAGGACUCGAUAACAUCCCUGAAGGUCCAACUCAAGCAGAAGGAUGCAACGAUAAUGCAUUUACAGAAACAGAUUGCUCAGUUAGAUGACCAAAUCAAAAACUGUCCAACUUGUAGUACAAAUAAGUGUUCAAAGUAGUGUGAUAUUUACAUUUCAGGAGACUUUCUCAUAAUAUAAUUGUAAUAUAUUUUAAGAGCAUUCAACAUUUUGAAGAUAAUAAGCAUUGGAGUUGAUCUCCUUAUUUUUUAUUAUCGUUACUGAAGAUUUACGUAACUAAUUCAAAAUAACUACAACUAACUUUUAUAAAGCUACUAGCUGUCCCGGUGAACUUCGUGUCACUUUAAAACCUUCCCUG